AUGAAGUUCUCCCUGACUGCUGUUGUCCUGGCUCUUGCCACCGCCGCCGUCGCUGCCCCAGGUGGUAACUACAAGGGUGCUGGUCCCAGGGAAGAAGGUCCUUCGAUCUCGAGACAGUGUGGUCAAGCUCAGAUCUCCUGCUGCAACAAGCAGAUCAGCACCGUCAAUGGUGGUGAUAAGAACUCUGGUCUCCUUAAUGGUGUCCUCGGCACUGUCAUCGGCAAGGGCGGCAGCGUCGGUAUCUUUGAUCAGUGCUCCAAACUCAGCCUCAGCGCCCUUAUUGGUGUCACAGACAACUUGAACUCUCAAUGCAAGCAGACCGUGGCAUGCUGCCAAGGAGAUAGCAAGGCUGAGGGUCUCGUUGCCCUUAACCUCCCUUGCAUUCCUAUCGCCGCCCUCUAA